UUUUUCACUACACUUGCCCGUCUUCCAUCCUUAAUCUUCCUCUAAUUUGUAAACUUUGAAGAGAAAAAAUGGAGAAAAUGAACCAGGCAUUGGAGAAGAUGAAAAUGUUGGUGGGAAUGGAUGUAGAAGAUGAAGAAGUAGCUCCUCAACAAGAAUCUUCCUUUGCUUUCAUGGAUGAUUUGAAUCGCAACUGCACUUUGUCAACCAAACAGAGGCUUUAUGGUUUUGCUAUAUGCUUAACAACUGGUAUCGCCUGUACUCUCUUGUCAAUGAUGGUUUUCUUCAAUCCAAUCAAGUUUGGAAUAACAUUUUCUUUUGGGAAUUUGCUUGCUCUUGGAAGCACAGCGUUCCUCAUAGGGCCUAAACGACAAGUGACAAUGAUGCUUGACCCAGUUCGUAUAUAUGCCACUGCCAUUUAUAUAGCAAGCAUUAUAAUUGCUCUGUUUUGUGCUCUAUAUGUGCGGAACAAGCUACUGACACUGUUGUUAAUUAUAUUGGAGUUUGGUGCACUUAUCUGGUAUAGUUUGAGUUACAUUCCUUUUGCAAGGUCCAUGGUCUCCAAAGUGAUGAUGGCUUGCUUUGAUACAGAAUUCUAGGGUUGUAUUACCCUGAGGGAAGAAUUAUACAUGCAAAUAUGUACAGUGUACAUUUGGCAAGUUUGCACCACUUGCAACAACCAGCAGGUGUUUUAAUCCAUAGAAGGGGGGUUAGGUGAGUGCACCUUUGGUCAAAUGAAGGUCUUUUGAUUGAAAUGUGUUGUUUAUUAAACGAGCUAACUUCUGAUCCUAUGUAACACCUAAAUUUUUCUUCUUCAAAGUAAAUGGAGACUAUCGAGUUGGGUAUCAAACGGUGGUUAGGUUGGUAAAAAAUUUGGGCAAAUGGGUUGCUAUAAUAAAUGUGUUGCCAAUGUUUACAUGGGUUAGGAUGGGCUGAGCAAUGAGUUAGUUGUAAUUCAAUUCACCCAACUUUAUUCAAUGUUUCAUUUA